AACUUCUGGAAGUUUGUCUUUAAGAAGUCUCUGCCUGUUGGCUCUCUGAGUCGUUUGGACUGUGCCGUGCUGGGCCUGGGGGAUUCCUCUUAUCCCAAGUUCAAUUUUGUGGCUAAGAAGCUUCAUAAGCGCCUUCAGCAGCUUGGGGCCAGUAUGCUGUUGCCUGUCGGGCUGGCAGAUGAUCAACAUGACCUCGGGUCGGAUGCUGCGAUUGACCCGUGGCUCACAUCAUUUUGGCAGAAAGUGUUGGCUCUGUACCCGUCUCUGGCUGAUGUGAUCCCCCUGAGGGAGGAUGAGCC